GAGGAGCCCGUCAUCAACCUCCCGCCACACGAUCAGAGGGUCAUCCACGGAGCCACGGUCAGCUUCGUAUGCAAGGCAAUCGGCAAUCCAAUCCCGAACAUCACGUGGAAAAAAGCAGGCAAGAAAAUAAAGUCAAUGAUGAGGCAGAAGAUCUAUCCCAUCCCACACGGAUCUGUGCUCCGAAUUGAGAAUGUGAAAUGGAAGGUUGAUGAUUCCUUCAUUGAAUGUCUGGCCGAGAAUGGCAACGGACCUGCCGCGAGAACUUACGCGAGGCUUUCCGUCUAUAAGGAAGAUGAAAAACCACAAGGCUAUCCAGAGAUCACCGAGAACCCUGAAAUGAAAUCAACAGAAAAAGAUCGGCCAACGGACAUGAAGUGUUCAGCCACAGGAAACCCACCUCCCAUCAUCUCCUGGUACAAGGAUUACGUGCCCAUCGACAUCGAUCCCACAAGGAUGAAGUUAGAAGCUGGAGGUCGACUGAUCAUAAAAACAGUUGAGACGUCCGAUGAAGGUAAGUACGAAUGUGUCGCCGAGAACAGCGUCGGUGUGGCCUACUCGUACGGGGCCAACCUCUAUGUUAAAACUCGUCGAGUUCCGCCGCACUUCACGCUGAUGAACAGGACAUACCACGUGAACAUGGGUGCGAACCUGAACGUCACGUGCAAUGCCGUUGGCUCCCCACUGCCCAAGGUCAGAUGGAGACAAGGUGACAUUGACCUUACCCCGGAUAACAAGGUCACUGGAGGGAGAUCAGUACUUGUGCUAACUGAUAUAAGACAGUCUGGUACCUACAAAUGCAUUGCCUCCUCUGAACUUGGGAAUAUCGAACACGAUAUUGAUGUGCACAUUGAAGAGCCUUCAGGCGCUCCACAGAACUUUACCGCCACAGGCUUCAACAACAAUCCUAAAUCCGUAAAACUGCAGUGGAAUGCUCCCUCGAAAGAUCACAGGAAUGGUGAGAUCAUCGUGUACGAGGUGAUGUACCACCUGGCAAACAAUCCGACCAUCGAAUGGCGGCCCUACAAUACGACUAAUGACUCCUACAUUUUCGAUUCCCUCAAGCCCAACACGGAGUACAACUUCCAGACGAGAGCCUACACAAAAGAGGGACCUGGGCCGUGGAGCAACCAGCUUCUUUUCAAAACUGCGUCCCAAUAUAGCUACGCGCCACCCGUCAACAUUCAACUGAAGCGCCAACAACCCUCCGAGAUGGACGUCAGCUGGGACCACCCGCCGGCGAGCAGAGGCAUCAUUGGCUACCGAGUCUACUAUAACACAGUUGCCAUCCCCGAUAUAAAUCAAUGGUCGUACAGCGAGGUGAAGAAUUCUCAGACGUCUCACCAUCUAACUGGACUCGAAGCGCUGUCCGUCUACGUGGUCAGGGUGAGGGCAGUGUAUGCUGACGGCAAACUUGGGAAUCUCUCAGAAAUCGUCUACUCUAACAAGCUUGAAAACGAGAGGCCCGACAUGGUAAGAGAUUUUCACGCUCGGACGAGCAACCCACGCUCCAUCACUUUGGAAUGGAAACCUCCCAAGAAACCUGGAUUGUCCAAAUAUAAGAUCGAAUACUUAGGCUACAAGAAGACCAUGAACCAAAAGCAUAACUUGGAAGAAACGGUGAUUGACGUGAAAAGAUCUUUUGACGUGGAGAAAGAAGAGAAAUCAUUCCAAAUAGAUGACUUGCUGCCACACACGCUCUACAUCAUCAACAUCACGUCCAUGUUCAUUGACGGUUCAAGAGGACCAGCUUACCAACUGAAAGUUGAAACAAGUAGCUCCACUCCACCCAUUCUGGACGCUCCCACGCUGAUCCGUGCUGUCGGAGAAGGAAGUGUCCUACUGAGGUUGACAUCUUCAACUACAACUCCACACUACGGAAAUGUUCAAUACUACGUUGUCGUCAUGUUUGCCAAUGAGAGGAGGAAUCCAGAAGAUAUAUUAAUCGACGAGUUAAAAGGCCCACAGAAGGAUGGCUGGGUGGCCAGCAAGUUCGAUGUUGUCCUACCGAAGGAGAUGGUACUCGGUGACGGGGGCAGGUCUGCCUCUGGGGACUUCAUCAACUACCGGCUGAGGAGAGAUCAAGUUUAUAAAAUCUUCAUAAGAGCGGUCUUGCCUGAAAAUAAAGUCAGUCGAUCCAUUAGGUUGAGUUCUUCCUCGCCGUAUUCAGCUUUCAUAUCGAUGGAAAAGUUGGAGGUAAAGAGUCAGAUGAUGGUGGGCAACUUUGAUCUGCUGUGGGUGGUUGGCCCCAUGUGCGCCGCCAUCGUUCUCAUCCUCCUCGUUGUCCUCAUCAUCAUUUUCAACAGAAAUAGGAACAGGGAAAACAACGCCAAACGAUAUCUCCUUCCAAAACAGCCCGCCAAACUGUUGAUGACGCCGACCGAACUCUCCAUCAAUCCAACGGACCCCGUUGAAAUAAGGAGGACUCAGUAUCACACUCAAGCUAUGGCAAGCCACCCACCUAUCCCUGUCUCAGAAUUUGGUGGCCACGUCGAGUCGUUGAAGGCAUGUGAUGGGGUGCUCUUCUCUCAGGAGUACGAGUCCAUCGACCCAGGCCAGCAGUUCACAUGGGAGACCUCGAGUCUCGACUGCAACAAAUCCAAAAAUAGGUACGCAAACGUGAUAGCGUACGAUCACUCGCGCGUGGUUCUGCCUAUGUUGGAUGGAAGAGUUGGAAGUGAUUACAUCAACGCAAACUUCAUUGAUGGGUACAGGAAGUCCAACGCUUAUAUUGCUACCCAGGGCCCCCUGCCAGAAACGUUUGGAGAUUUUUGGAGGAUGGUGUGGGACGAGCGGGUGACCAUCAUCGUCAUGAUGACCAAGCUGGAGGAGCGUGGCAGAGUGAAGUGCGAUCAGUACUGGCCCAACCGAGGUACAGAAGUGUACGCGUGCGUGCACGUCACACUGGUGGAUGUCGUCGAACUUGCUAUCUAUACACUCAGAACAUUUCUCAUCACCAAGUCUGGCCAUCCAGAUCGCGUAGAAGUUCGUCAGUUCCAGUUCACAGCCUGGCCAGACCAUGGAGUUCCGGAGCAUCCAACCGCCCUGCUGAUGUUCAUGAGAAGAGUCAAAAGUUAUCAGACACCUGAAGCUGGCCCAAUUGUUGUGCACUGCAGCGCCGGUGUAGGGCGGACGGGAGCAUUCAUCGUGGUCGAUGCCAUGUUGGAGAGGGCACGAUUCGAGAAGACCAUAGACGUGUACGGUCACGUGACAUGCAUGAGGGCUCAGAGGAACUACAUGGUGCAAACGGAAGACCAGUACGUAUUCGUACAUGACGCCAUUUUGGAGGGAGUCGUCUGCGGAUGCACGGAAAUCCCCGCCAGAAAUUUGUACGCCCACAUGCAAAAACUGAUGAGCUUAGAACCGGAGAGCGCAUCGAAUUUGUCUCUAAUGGAAAUGGAGUUCAAGAAGUUGUCCACAACGAAAAUAACGAGCAGUCAAUACGUCAGUGCGAGCUUGCAGAACAACAAAUUCAAAAACAGAUUCGUUAACAUUUUGCCAUUUGAGUCAACACGAGUUGCACUGCAGAUGAUCAGAGGGGUGGAGGGGUCAGAUUACAUCAAUGCCAACUUCAUUGACGGCUACAGAUACAAGAAGGCCUACAUAGCCACGCAGGGUCCCCUGGCAAGCACCACGGAAGAUUUCUGGAGGAUGUUGUGGGAGCACAAUUCCACAAUCGUCGUCAUGCUGGUUAAACUGAGAGAAGCCGGAAGGGAGAAGUGCCAUCAGUACUGGCCAAGCGAGAGAUCAGCGAGGUAUCAAUAUUUUGUUGUGGAUCCGAUGGCGGAGUACAACAUGCCACAAUACAUUUUGAGAGAGUUCAAAGUUACAGAUGCCAGGGAUGGUCAGUCGAGAACAAUCAGGCAAUUUCAAUUCACUGAUUGGCCGGAGCAAGGAGUGCCGAAGUCUGGCGAGGGCUUCAUUGAUUUCAUCGGACAGGUGCACAAGACAAAGGAGCAGUUUGGUCAGGAUGGUCCGAUCACUGUUCACUGCAGCGCGGGCGUGAGCAAGACCGGUGUGUUCAUAGCUCUGAGCAUCGUACUGGAAAGAAUGAGGUACGAGGGGGUAGUCGAUCUCUUCCAGACCGUCAAACUGCUGAGAACUCAGAGGCCCUGCAUGGUCCAAACGGAAAGCACAAGUCAGAAUCCAGAGGAUCACUACGCAUUUUGCUACAGAGCAGCUCUCGAAUACCUGGGUUCAUUCGAUCAUUAUGCAAAUUAGUGUUAAUCACACGCACGCAAUCAACGAACUUGUAUGUAAUUUAUUCAGCAACUAACUUCUUACGUGUGCUGGUUUUGUUUAAGUAUCUUGUUUCAUAUGCAUGUGCAUGAACAUUCGCGUUGCCAUCGUUUUAAAUAUCCCAAGUUAUUCAUGUAUUUAUUUUUUCAUUUCAAAAUCAAAUACGAAUUGACCUAAGCGUUAGAAUGUUUAAAACAUAUCUUAACAUAAAUCAUUCACUACAGACCAUCAAACAUAACAUUGUGCUCUAACGAUUGAAACCUUCUGCACUUAGCAAACAACUCGUCAACACUGACUGACAUUGUACAAACUUCGUCGUUUGCAAUCUUGUUACUUAUGAGAUGUUGAUACAAAUCGUGAAAUACGUUAUGACAGACAUGUAAAGCCUGAGAUAUUUUUAUCAAUUAAAUUAAUUGCGGAUUUUAUUUUUGUGUACAAUUUAUUCUUGUUGAUUCGUUCCUGUAUUAUUAAUCAUCCUUGCUAUCUUCGUGUACAAAAUGUUCCAUCUAAUUAGCAUAACCUACAACGUUUAAGUUAAGAAAUUUUUCUUCAACGUUUUCUGACAGAGAAAAAAUUUAAAUGACACGAUUUAUGGUUUAAAUAAAGUGACGUCGAAUUUGUUACAAAAACUUUAAUUAAUAGUUUGCAUGAUCUAAAUUAUUUGUCCAGUGCUUGUUACAUUAUCAUAAACAUUAGUCGACAAUUUAAUGCAUAUAUGUCAUAUAAAUAGAUAGAUAUUUCUUUUGUUUGUAUUGAUGGCAAUAUACCUUCUUAAAAUUGUAA